UUGUGUGCGUGCUUGCGCGUGUGUUGGAAAACUAAAUGUUCUUGUGUUGCACAGCUGAACAGAAAAGCACUAGGAGAAAAGAAGAAUCUUUAUCACUAAAUGGGUUUCAGUACUUUUGCUGUCUACUUUAUGGUACUGUAUCUAUCACUGCAUAGGGGCUACAAGGAGCAUCUCCUCUCAGCCACCUCUAAUCCUCCUAAUCCUUAUCAGGGCUGCUUCUGGAGACCUGCUUGGACAUUCCGCUGCACAUGUGAGUGGUUCUUACAGACAAGAGGGAAAUGGACUCUUCAGUUGGAGGCCAAGAUCUGCUGCUGUGAGGAUAUCAGCCACCACCCCAAACCUCGACAUGACACUUGACACAGGACCACCAACAGCACCAAACAGGGGCGUCGAAAUGAUCGCGCCUCAGCCAGUCCACAAUCACCCGCUCAACACGAACAACAAUAAUGACAAUGACGAAAAGAAAGAAAAACAAGAAAAAGGAGAAAAUGAAAAGGCUGUAGAACAGCCUAAAGAAAUAUUUGUCAUCAACCCUGCUGGAAAUCUCUAUUAUAACUGGCUCUUCAUCAUUACAUUGCCAGUUAUGUACAACUGGACCAUGAUUAUCGCAAGGGCGUGUUUCGAGGAGCUGCAGCACAACUACAUCCUUUACUGGGUUUUAUUUGACUACAGCGCAGACCUUAUCUAUCUGGCUGAUAUGGCUGUCAGGACCAGAACAGGUUACCUUGAGCAGGGCUUGCUUGUCAAAGAUGAGAAGCUGCUCCGCGACCGCUAUGUCAACAGCUUCCAGUUCCAGCUCGACAUUGUUUCCAUGUUGCCCACUGACAUCCUCUAUCUCCCUCUGGGUCUGGACUACCCAGAGAUUCGCGUAAAUAAACUUCUAAGAAUUGGUCGCAUGAUGGAGUUCUUCACAAGGACGGAGACUAAAACCAACUACCCUAAUAUCUUCCGUAUUGCAAACUUAAUCAUGUACAUUCUCAUCAUCAUCCACUGGAAUGCCUGCUUCUACUUCUCAUUUUCCAAGUCAAUUGGUUUUGGGUCAGACGAAUGGGUUUACCCAGCACUCGAUGAUCCAGAGGAGCCUGCUUUUGGCCAGCCCAUGAGGAAGUAUGCCUUCAGCCUCUACUGGUCCACAUUAACACUGACCACAAUCGGAGAAACACCACCACCAAGCCUUGAUUCCGAAUUUAUCUUCCAUGUGGUUGACUUCUUAGUUGGGGUUCUUAUCUUUGCCACCAUUGUGGGAAAUAUUGCUACCAUGAUCUCCAACAUGAAUGCUGCCCAAGCCCAGUUUCAGGCUCGAAUUGACAACAUUAAACAAUACAUGCAGGUCCGAAAGGUCAGCAAGGAUCUGGAACUGCGUGUCAUCAAGUGGUUUGACUACCUGUGGAACAAUGGCAAGGCGCAGGAUGAGCGCGAGGUAUUGUGGUAUCUUCCAGACAAGUUGAAAGCCGAGAUCGCCAUCCAAGUUCACAUGGAGACACUCAAGAAAGUUCGCAUCUUUGCAGACUGUGAGGCAGGCCUGCUGAUUGAGCUAGUGCUCAAGCUACGGCCUCAGGUGUUCAGCCCUGGAGACUACAUCUGCAAGAAGGGUGAUAUUGGUCGUGAGAUGUAUAUCAUCAAAGAUGGAAAACUUGCAGUGGUUGCUGAUGAUGGUGUUACACAGUUUGUGGUGUUGGGAAGCGGAAGCUAUUUUGGUGAGAUCAGUAUCCUUAAUAUCAAGGGCAGCAAAGCAGGCAACAGGCGGACAGCCAACAUUCGCAGCAUCGGAUACUCAGACCUCUUCUGCCUCUCCAAGGAUGACCUCAUGGAAUCACUGGUGGAGUACCCGGACGCUAAAGGCAUGCUGGAGGAGAAGGGCCGACAGAUCCUGAUGAAAGAUGGCCUGAUUGACUUGGACCCAGCUAACAUCAAGCCGGAGGUCAAGGAGCUGGAAGAGAAAGUCAGCAGGUUAUACAGUACAAUGCAUCUGAUGCAGAUCAAACUGAAGAAGAUUUUAGAAAAAUACAAAAAAACUGAUAAGACUCUGUGGCAUCGCAUCACUGACCUGGAGCGUCUGACAGGAGAGGAGGUAGAGGAUGACGACGAGGGGGAGGAGGAUGUGAAAAAGGAAAUUCAAGUGGAAGAGAAGAAAAUUGAAGAUGAAGCUGGAGUGGAUGAAGUAGGCCGAGAGAAAAAGGAAGAGAUGGGAGAAGAAGAGAGGGCAGAAAAAGAAAAAGGCAAACACAUGAAGAAAGACGAUGACCACGAAGACAAAAAAUAACUAAAACCCAUAGUUAAUAAUUGGACAUGCUGAUGUAACCAUAUAUAUAUAUAUAUUCUUUUUUUUUUCUUCUUCCCCCGAUUAUAUUUGAUCCAAACUGCUUCCACACUUUGGACUUAAACUUGUCGGGGCAUUGUGAAUUCUGUCUGAGUCAACAAUUUCUCCUUGCAUUUUCUCUCACAAACUCACAGCGCUAUUUGGCAUAACUACGAUAAGUGUCACGAGAGUUUUAAGAGAGCGGGAUAAGGUUAAAGAAGGAGAUGCAACUGCGUCAGCAACAUCGCACCGAUUUUUUUACAUUUUUGGCAUGUUGUUUUUCAACAUAGAAAUAAUACAAAUGCUAAUAAUAAACACACUUACUGUAAUUGAAUGCAAAAUACGAACUGGUCAAAUGGUGUCAUCAUAUUUAUGAAUACCCACUCACUUGCUGUCACAAUGUGUGCCAUUGUGUUUAUGUAGCUCUGAGUAGGUUGUAAUCUACAACUAUGUUAUGUUAGCGUUUUGCUGAAGUGCAGUACAUCUGUGAUGGAAUUUCGUGUUCACCAACCUUUUAGCUUCGGUGCUGUCAUGAGGAAAACCUGUUUGAAAUGUCUUACAAAUUUAUGUUUGCCUCGCUUGCUUCUUGGAUCUCUGUGAUCUCAAUUUAGCUUCAAGUUCUCAUAUUACUUGUUUACUUGUAUUCCCCGACUUGUAUUACGACCAUGGUCAGCAAACAGUUAUUCGAAUGUCCGUCAUGUUUCCUCCUCAAUCGUUUUUUGAUUUCUUCAGAACUAAAAUGUGUCCAUACUUCUGAAUUUAAGCUUCACGGGACAUUUGCAGGACAUUCGCAUUUGUUUUGUGCCAUCCUCCUUUCCUGCACUGCGGAUGCACAUCACCACAGUGGUUUGCUACUCAGACUGACCCAAUCAAUAGCACCAGAAUAAACCUACACUGCUCGAUACUCACAUGAUCACCUGCAACAUCACAAACAACAAAACUUAAUCGAGUAAUGCUUAACAUCGUUAUCAUUAAAAGUGCUAAACACAUACACACAGACAUCCAUAUAUAGUCUGCCAUGCAUAAAUCCAAUGCAUUAUUUCAUCGUAUCGAUACAAUCGAUUGAUUACCUUUUAAAAUGAUUUAAAUCAAUAUAUUUAAGUCCGCGGCACGGUGGCCGACUGGUUAGAGCGUCAGCCUCACAGUUCUGAGGACCCGGGUUCAAUCCCCGUUCUCCCCGUGCCUGCGUGGGUUUUCUCCGGGCACUCCGGUUUCCUCCCACAUCCCAAAAACAUGCAUUAAUUGGGGACUCUAAAUUGCCCGUAGGCAUGACUGUGAGUGCAAAUGGUUGUUUGUUUCUAUGUGCCCUGCGAUUGGCUGGCAACCAGUUCAGGGUGUACCCCGCCUCCUGCCCGAUGACAGCUGGGAUAGGCUCCAGCACGCCCGCGACCCUAGUGAGGAGAAGCGGCUCAGAAAAUGGAUAGAUGGAUGGAUAUUUAAGUCCAGAAGGCUAACUUGCCGAGCAGAGAUUGAUGCAGUUGGAUUAUUGGAAUACAAAUCGAUACAUUGAUAUAAUGAAUGACUCGUUACACCACUAUACAGUAUAUAUACAUACAUACAUACAUAUAUAUAUAUUAUUAUUAUUAUUUUUUUUUUGGUCAUACUUGUUUUCAACCUUAAGUUAUUUUUUGCUUUCCCAGAAAUGGCACAGGACAGGAGCUUCAAUGGUCACAGAAUGGUAAUGUUCAGAAUCUUUCUUAGCUGAAGGCUUUACUCAUAGCUGAACCAUUACCUUUUGGGUGGGAGAUUUAAAAUAUAUAUCUCUAGGUGAUCAAGUUGAUUCACAGAGCCUCAAUAGCGCCACACAAAGCCUGGCACGUUCUCCUUCUCCUCCCCAGGCUGGUCAGACACUUCUGUGGAAUGGCAUAACAUUCCACAGAAGUUAUUCCAUAACACGUCACAAGUCAGCCAACAUGGUUGUGUUGGUCAACCUGUCACGAACAAUACGCUUAAGCUGAUCGGGCAAGUGUUCAGUACGAUUGAGGGCAAAUCGAUUGUCGAGCUCCUCCAUUCUGGAAAAAUACCACCCCUAGGUGCAAGUGCUGGAGGAUGGAGUUUGGUCGCCAUUUGUGGAGCUACACCACCAGUUGUAAAGUAUAAUCUUAUAGUUCUGCAAUGAGAUUGCCUUCCACGUUGAAACACUUUGUUUUCCCAGGGAUUGAGAUGCUAGUAAAAAUGUGGACGUACAUGAGGAUCAAACCCCAAAAGUUAAUAGCAACAGCAGAAUAAGUUACAGUACUUUGCAUUCACAGUGAAGAUUUUAAACAACUUGCAUUAGUACAGAACACAUCUUAGUUUCCGAAUUAAUUAAUUUCCUAAUUUUCAGUUCAAUGGCAAGUAACGUUCUUUCAACAUAGAAAAACACAUUUUCAAAGGUUUCAUUAUAUGUUUAAAUGGUAAUUAUUGCUAAAACAACUAAUCUGAUAUUCACAGUACUGCAAAGUAUUGUAAGCUAUCCCAUGAGAGCUACAGCAAGAGUUUGCUGUAGAUGAGUGGCCAGUUGUAAACUGAAUUUGUUUCUUCACUGCUCAUAAAGGCCGAAAUUCCAAGUAAAGUUAUACACCAAAAGCUUACAAAUCUUUUCCCAAAACACUCUCUUAGUCAGUGGACAUUUGAGAGACAUAAGUAAAUCAUCUGAAUAAAAGUGGGACAACCUUGGGUGACUAUCAAGCGUCUUUUUUUUGGGUGACUGUCCUCUAAUGACUAAAUGCCAUUAACACUAUCACCAGCUCGAAUCAAAUGAUGGACAAAGCCAGGCCAGGAUGGGAAAAAAAAGCAAUUUGGGAGCGCUGGCAAGAGCUGAA